GUAACCGAUGGUCGKCGAGAUUCCAAUUUCUUUUCAAUAUUUUUUACUUCGUUGAGUUCGUUCCAUCACUGGCCGGCGAAACCAGUKUUUAUUUUCUCUCACCGGGAGCUUUUUCUUCAUCACGGCGAGUGAGUAGAUCGCAUUCUUCAGAUUUUGGCUGUUGAUCUAUAUCAUGAGGACUAAAGAUGCAUCAUUAUUCAGUAUGUUUUUCAAAYAUAAGGAUAAAAGUUCUCCAUCCGAUGACGAGUCAGAGGACAUUGGCGAUAUUCUUGAAAGUGAGGUGAAUCUUUAUCUAAAUAAUGAGAAGGAGGCACGUUAUAAAAAGAUUAUUUGGGAGAAAAUUAACAAAGACUACCUUCAGGAACAAGCAGCUAAGAAACAAGGUCGCGAUGUUGCUGGAGCUGCACAUGUGGUUAAAAAGUCAAAGAAGAGGCAAAGAAAAAAGGAAGCUGCAACCAAUACCCCUGCUGAAGCUGAUACAGAAGCUACACGUGAAAUGCUAACCAAGAAGAGGCUUAGUUCGAAAGUCAACUUCGAUGUGUUGGAUGAACUCUUCUCUGACAUGCCUGUAUCUUGUUCAAACAAAAAGCAGGGAGCCUCGAACUGCGAAGAGAAUAGUUCAUUUGAUCAAAGCCAUUGUAGGGACCUCGAAGACAAUGAUCCCCAUGCGGUGUUAGAAGAGGACGUUGACACAGAACAUGAAGAUCCCACAGAAACUUAUGGUAACGAGUAUUAUGAUAUCGAAAACGAGGAAGAGUAUGGUCAUGUAUAUGGUGACUAUGGUGGUGAUGAGGAAUACUAGUUGAUUGGUCUAUCCGAAGGCGUCUUAAUUCCCCGACGUCACGAGAUAGAUUCCAAACAACAUCAAGAAGAAACAGUCCAAAGCUCUUCCUUUUUUUUCCCUUCUCUAGAAAAGGAGCAUUAGCCAAAGACUCAGAAGAAAAAGGAGAGCAGAGAGCAAAAAAGAGGAAGCAUAAAUUGGGGUCAUUUGGAUUGUGUGUAUUUCAAGAAGCAUGGCUGAAAGGGCAACAUUUUUUUUUGUCCAGGUACGACAAUUAUUGCCUUAUUGGUCUUUUCCCAAGCCUACUUUUUUCCAUCCCUUUCUCAAGAUUCACUUAAAAUAAGGAUAACAAAACUAUUUCUAUUCCAUAGAUUGUUAUAUGUAAAUGCUUGUAGUAGAUAAAAUAUAUUUAUGUUCAAACUUUCAAUACUAUUUUAUCUCUCAAGUUAACAUUCUGUUAAAGGCCCAAAUACCUAUAUAAAGCUCUUAACCCACUUCUUAAUAGCAAGUGGAUUGAGUAAUUGAAUAAU